AUGAAAAGAAAUGAAAAAACAUCGAAAAUUGCUUGCGAGAAAAUUCUUCAUAAUUUUAAUCGAAAUGAAUUAAACUUUCAAUGUCAACGUUGGGCAUUAGCUCAUGGUUUUGUUCAACGUUAUUUUACACAAGAUGAUAAAAUUCAAAACGAUUCGAAUGUUCUUUUGUAUCCAUUUACAAUUUGUCCAUCACCAUAUCCACAUAGUGAAUAUGAAAAAGCUCACGAAAUUCAACAUGGAAUUAAUAUGUUUGUUCAAAAUCUUGCUUUCAACAUUGAUUUAAUGGAUUCUGUUUUUAAAAAUUUGAUUGAAUAUGACCCAUUUAUAAAACGAUUAAGAACCAUUUAUGAUCAAAUUCAGCAAUUGCCAUAUAAAAGUGUUGCCGAAACAUGUAUCAUUCGAUCGGAUUAUAUGUUACAACAGAUGAAUAUGUUUGCUCAAAGAACCAAACUUCGUCUCGUUGAAAUUAAUACGAUUGCCGUUGGUCUUGGAGCGGCAGCCAAACUUAUACAUGAUUGGCAUAAGCAAUUCUUAACACAAAUACUACCUGAACUUGUAUCGCAAUUGCCAGAAAAUGAAUCAUAUAACCUUGUCAUCGAUACUUUAUUUGAAUCAUGGAAAAUUUAUAAUAAUUCAAGAGCAAUAAUUCUCUUUGUUGUACCUGAACAUGAAUUUAAUAUUGGUGAUCAAAUGUUGAUUGAAAAAGGACUUUUAUCAUUUGAAAAUUCUCUUCUUGUCAAACACGUAACAUUCGUGGAUAUUUAUCGAAAUUGUUCUUUGGAUUCGAAAGGAAUUCUUUACUUUGGUAAUUUUGAAGUUGCAUUCGUCUACUAUCGAACAGGUUAUGAUCCGAAACAUUUUUAUAAUGAAGAUAUUUGGCAAGCUUAUAUUAUGUUAGAAUCUUCUUGUGCUAUUAAAUGUCCCAGUUUAAGAUAUCAUUUAGCUGGAAUGAAAUGCUUUCAAUUGGCAACCAAUGAUGAAGAAUUUUUAGGAAAACUUUUUCACGAACACGAAGAAUAUAUUGAUGAUUUUAGAUAUGUUUUAGAGGAUAUGUUUACCAUGGAUCAGGCAAUCAAUGAUCCAGUUUUACAACGACGUAUACUAGAUAAACCGGAUUCGCUCUAUUUGAAGCAAAGUCGAGAAGGAGGUGGAAAUGUUUAUUGUGGUUCUUUACUUAAAGAACAUAUCAAUGAAAUCAUUAUGAAUAAACAAUCAAAUCGUUAUUUUCUUAUGUCUCGUAUCUAUCCUCCGAUAUAUUCAAGUUUAAUACGUUCCGCAAGACCUAACGAUAAUAAUGAAUUUAUAUCGGAAAAACAAAUCAAUGGAGAAUUAGGUGUAUUUGGAAGUUUAAUCAGUCGUAAUGGAACAGUAAUUUUCGAAAGAAUUGGUGGUUCAUUAUUACGUAGUAAACCAGCAAUAAAUGUUGAAGGUGGUAUUGCUUCUGGACAAGGAUACAUUGACUCAGUAUUUCUUGUUUAA